GUAGCAAACCGCAUUGGGAUGGAGCUGCAUGCAAGUGGGACGUACAUAAAGUUCGAUAAUAGUUGAGAUUGAUCAAGGUCAAAUCGCAAUCUCAAUACAAACGUUUAAGCGCAUCCAGACGAGACAUCUUCGUAUUUAAUACGAGAUUCGAUGCUGAGAUUCGGGUGAUGAAGAAGAUUAGUUUGUAACUUGUCAGAUCUUGCCAUUCCGACGCAUGUGGUGGGUGAUUGGAUGAAAUUUCAGCUCGGAAAAUAGGGGUAUCGAUACCCUAGGGUCCUUGGAGAAUCACAACAUUAUCUCACGACUCCGCUAGCUAUGGGCAGUAUUCAUGUCCGAGGGGAUGUGAGGAAUCAGGAAGAAAAGGCGAGAGAGAUUGAGUGGGAGAGGAAUAAAUUGUAUAUUCACCUUGCGGCGAGGAAUAAUCCGGGGACGUUUCACUGGAGUUUGUACUUGACGGAGGAGAGGCCGGAGGUGGGCUGGGUGUAUCAUGUUUUUGACCCGGAGCCGGAUCGGUGGAUUUUGGAAAUGGCGGGGGGAGAUGAGGAGGGGGAGGGGGAGGAGGAGAAGGAGAAGGAGAACAUUGAUGCUGGUGGGGGUGAAGAUAUUAGUGGGGGUUCUGAAUCACCAGGCGAAGAGUCCGGGGGAGAUGGCGAGCAGCCACUCGUUGAUCCUGAAGAGGGAAGCACAGAGUCACAAGAGGAGCAAACCGCAAGCAAGAAAACUGAAGAGAAGCGAAAGCGAGAGGCGCGAGACACCGGACACAGCAGCGACGAAAGCAGCGACGAGACCGCGCCGUGGGAAAGCGCCACGAGUCUCCACGACCAAGAAGACGAUCGGAGACACAAGAAAACCAAAACCGUGCACUGGAAAGAUCAGGGACCGAACGCGACCUCAAACGACCUCGAAGAUGCCCCGCCCGGAAACCCGCACGCGGCCAGCAUCGACGAGAACCACGCCCACGCCCCGCCCAGCUCAUCCUCAUCCUCAUCCUCGCUGCUCGCGGCCGUGGAAAUCGGCACCGACGUCCAAGACAUGCGGACGAUAAUCGAGCAGACGAUCGCGACGGAGUGGGAGACGGGACGAAAAAAGAUCGCCAAGGGCGACAAGAUCUGUCGCGAGUUUCUGCUGAAGUGUGUCGAGGAGUUGGAGUCGCUCGGCGUCUUGAGCUUCAAGUAUGGCAAGGGCGUGGAGGACGUGGAGCGCGAGGCCGAGGAGUUUGGCUUGCUGAGCGAUCCGGCGCUGAAUAAGGGCGCGAGGAAGGGGAGGGUGUGGAAGAGUAGGGUUGUGGAGUGAGAGGUAGAGGGAGAAGGAGAGGGAGAAGGAGGGGGAGAGGGAGAGGCAGAGGCAGAGGCAGAGGCAGAGGCAGAGGGAAAGUGUGAAACGCAAUGAAUACCACUGAUUUGAAGGGGGAGAUCUCGAAAGAAUUGUUUAUUGCGGUAACGACAAGACGCUGCGCGUCACCUGAUUUUACCCGGCGUCGAGGAUCGUUGCGAGUUUGUCUUUCUGUCUUCCUGCCUUGUUAGAUUUUAGAAGUUUUGGUUUGGUUACAAUGUCUUGUUUUUGUUGUCUUCUUGUUUGAUACCGAUUUCUCAUGAAAGAUCCGCGCGGAAUUUCAGUGCCACCUCUGGCCUACCUUGUUGAGACCGAGAAAUCCUUUCCUGCUUUUUCAAAAAUGCUUCUGAGCCCAAGCGCCCAUGGCCACAAUCCAGCACAAACA